CCGGGUCAUCCCUCAUGUCCUGGUUCCCCAUCUGUGUGGAUGGAUUUAAACUAAGUUUGCUGGGAGGGAAGUUGGCAAGGGACUUGAUUGUGAGGGGUCUACAUGCGGCCUUGCUGUUGCUGUUCCCAUCUCCUUCAAGGCAAACACUACGGGGUUUACAGCUGUGAGGGCUGCAAAGGCUUCUUCAAGCGUACCAUCCGUAAGGACCUGACCUACUCGUGCCGGGACAACAAGGACUGCACAGUGGACAAGCGCCAGCGAAACCGCUGUCAGUACUGCCGUUAUCAGAAGUGCCUGGCCACUGGCAUGAAGAGGGAGGCGGUACAGGAGGAACGUCAGCGGGGGAAGGACAAGGACGGGGAUGGGGAGGGGGCUGGGGGAGCCCCCGAGGAGAUGCCUGUGGACAGGAUCCUGGAGGCAGAGCUUGCCGUGGAGCAGAAGAGUGACCAGGGCGUUGAGGGUCCUGGGGGAACCGGGGGUAGCGGCAGCAGCCCAAAUGACCCCGUGACUAACAUCUGUCAGGCAGCUGACAAACAGCUAUUCACGCUUGUUGAGUGGGCGAAGAGGAUCCCACACUUUUCUUCCUUGCCUCUGGAUGACCAGGUCAUAUUGCUACGGGCAGGCUGGAACGAGCUCCUCAUUGCUUCCUUCUCCCACCGAUCCAUUGAUGUCCGAGAUGGCAUCCUCCUCGCCACAGGUCUUCAUGUGCACCGCAACUCAGCCCAUUCUGCAGGCGUGGGAGCCAUCUUUGAUCGGUCCCUCUCCAGGGUGCUGACAGAGCUAGUGUCCAAAAUGCGUGACAUGAGGAUGGACAAGACAGAGCUUGGCUGCCUGAGGGCAAUCAUUCUGUUCAAUCCAGAUGCCAAGGGUCUCUCCAACCCCAGUGAGGUGGAGGUUCUGAGGGAGAAAGUGUACGCAUCACUGGAGACCUACUGCAAACAGAAGUACCCUGAGCAGCAGGGACGGUUUGCCAAGCUGCUGCUACGUCUUCCUGCCCUCAGGUCCAUCGGCCUUAAGUGUCUAGAACAUCUGUUUUUCUUCAAGCUCAUUGGAGACACCCCCAUUGACACCUUCCUCAUGGAGAUGCUUGAGGCUCCCCACCAGCUGGCCUGAGCCCAGACCUACACGUGGUGCUCCUCACACUUGAGGAGUACACAUCUGAGAGGGACUCCAGCCUUGGGGGCACGGUGGGGAGGGGCCGUGUCCUAGAAUCUUGGUGGGGUGAGGAGUACGGGGCAGAGUUGAGACCUCCAAGGGGAUCCAUAAACCCUCCAAGAGGUUUGCUUGAUAUCCCAAGUCAGAGGGGACCCCAGAUCCUUGUGAGGGCUGGACCUCAUCCUUCAGUGACCUUGAGUCUCUGAAUUUGUCUUGGGUCUGUCAUGAUUUGGGGUGAUUUCUUACCCCCUGCCUGGAACGAUCUCUCCUUCCCCCAGCACAAAGCACUGGCCUUGCUCACAGGACCUUGCUUCCUUCUCAUCUUGCCUCACUUAGCUACCCAUGUGAAGAGAGAAAAUGGGAACUCUCCUGGAGAUGGAUACUGGGGGGCAGGCCCCCCAAACUGAUGGACAUGGGAGUAGCACUCUGACAGGCUUUCCUCCAGGCCUUGACAGCCUUGACGGUAGCCCAGCAGGUGGGGGCUACUCUGGAAGAGGGAGGAGCCCUGUCACUGUCUCCUGUUCAGAGCCCCCCUCACACUUCACCUCCUGCUGCAGUCAGACUGAAUAAAAAGGUGGUUGGUGGUUAAGGGGUGGGUGAAGAUGUAGGAACCGAUCUGCUAUUUUUAAUUUCCUCUGAGGAUAGAGACUUGCAGUUAGACUCAAAGAAGUACUGUACUUUCCCAGGUUGACUAAGAAAUGCCAGUGGUGGAGGUGGUGUUUGGGAAAGGCAGGGCCUUGAGAUGGUCUGUCCCUGGGGCCCUUCAAGCACUGGCCUUCCCUAUCCCCUCCCCCAUCUCUUGUCUAACUUGGGGAAGGGGCCUGGGAUGUGAUGGCAGGGUGGUUUGGUGAGUAAUCCUCAGGCCCUUCCUUUCACAGCCUUCCCCCAGACCUGGGCACAGUGUAGACUGGGGACACAGGACCCUGGCCUGAGAAUUGAGGGGGGGAUGGUCAGCCUGCAGAGAUAGGGUGCUGGGGCUGCAUGAUUUUUGCCUCGCAGCCCUUCUCUCUGGGUUUCCUUUCCCUUCUCUUUCACUCACACAUAAAAUAGCUUUCAAAUUAAAAUCGCUGUUUUCUGGACUGAGGUGACUGUGUUG